AUGGCAACAGUAGCGACAGCGACAGUUAACGGCGCCAGCCGACUGGCCAGCAAAUGGCCCGCGCACGAUCUCGCCUCAGACACCUCCCUGACUCACAAUCUGCUGCGCACCUCCACUUUUGCCCCCUUCCAGCAGAGCGUCGCCCGUGCGGAGCAGAGCUUCGACGAGAUGCAGAAGAACGAUCCGCUGGCCCUGCAAAUAUGGAAGUUUUAUGCAAAAACGAAGCAGGCCCUGCCGCAGCAGGAGCGCAUGGAGAACAUGACCUGGCGGAUGAUGCACGUCAAGCUGAACAAGGCCAGGGCUGCUGCCAGUGCUGCAAAGACACAGCGCGUUUCCAGCGCUGCAGCCGCCACUGCUCCCAGCGGCAUUGCCCAAUUGCGCAAGAGCUCUGAGCAGGCUGCGCUGCAGUCUGAUCCGAUGAAUCUGGACGACUUUAUCAACAGCGACGACGCGGGAACCCCGGCUGGCCUGGGGCAUCAUUCUCCCCUGGACACCUCCCAGCAGGGAGACGAACGGUCGAGUCAUUCGACGGCCACGGCCAUCCCCAUCAAGGGCCGCAAGGAGCCUUUGCAGCAGCACUUCGUCCCACAGUCGGUGCCGGUCGCCGCUCACCAGAGAAUGCAGGACGAAUUUGGCUACAUUCCCCGGCAUCAACGUAAAACCAGCAUCGAUGAGACUGGGCAGCGGCAGACCCGGAAGCGCCCAGCAAACUUUUCCCCUCAUCUUGCCGCCGUCAACAGCAACAACAGCUUUUCAGGAAAUGGCCUGGAUGCUGACUCUGAGCUUCCCGAGUAUUCUCUUGAUACUUUGCAUCACCAGCAUGGUGUGAGCCAGCCGCCAGCCAACGGGGGCCUUCCUUUCCAACUAGACACCUUCCGCAUCAACAACGACACCAUGAUGGCCGGUGCGGGUACUUUCCAGACCGGUUUCUUCUCCCCCGUCACCUCUCCCUUGGUGCCACAUGACCCAUUCUCUGCCAUGUACAAUGGCAACAACAUGUCUAACAACCUGAUGACUGAUUACUACUCACCUCCUGGCUCUGCUCACCAAUCCAACGUUUCUACUCCUCACCCCCUGGGUGAAGGCGAUAACUUUUACUUCGGCUCGAUGGACAUGCGCCAGCAACGCCAGCAGCAGCCGUACAGAAACGGCCAGCCUAUUAUGGGCAACAACGCUAUGGGCCAGCAAUUCCCCUAUGGAAACAAUGCCAACGGCAAUUUGAUGUUCUCCACAGUGACACCUACCACGGAGGCCGCUCCUACGUUUAACACAACCAACACCUUUGGGCAUAUUGAUCCGACUCAAGUCUUCCAGCAAGAUCAUCGUUCUCCUGGCAUCAGCCUUGGCCAGGAGAGUAUUUUCACUUUCGGCGCAGACUCUGAUGAGGAGGAUGGUGGCGCUUUUGCUGACCGCAACCUUCCCCUGUCUCAGGAGUUCUCUCCUCGCAGCGUCGAUGAGAACAAUAUUGACAACUCGCUUUCUUGGGAUCCGUCUCUUCCUGGCAACUUUAGCACCCACGCCGCAAGAUAUCCCGCUGGGCCUCCCCGCAAGCAGGUGACCAUCGGAGGCACCACGACUGAUUAUGUUGACCCAGCUGGGGACUGGGAGAACGGAGGCUUGAACCGGACGCAGUCACAGCGUUUCCGUACCGCAAACAGCCGUCCAGAAAAGGUUCCCAGGCCGGCGUCCAUGGGAUCGCUGGCCAUGGCAGGCCAGAACAACCAGUUCACACAGCAGUCACGUACUUCACCACCAGUCGAUCAUCGUCAGGCUCAGGGCCAGGGUCAUUCGUCUGUGGCGCCUAGCCGGCCUUCUUCUCCUCAUCCAACCUCCAGAAACGCCUCGACGACCAAUCUGCAAGCUGCGGGAGAAACCCAGACCAAGAGCAGUGGCAACAGCAAUGGCAAUAACAACAACGGUAACCAGCCGACGACUUGUACCAACUGCUUUACUCAGACAACCCCUCUUUGGCGCCGCAACCCAGAGGGCCAGCCCCUUUGCAAUGCCUGCGGUUUGUUCUUGAAGCUGCAUGGCGUUGUUAGGCCGCUGAGCCUGAAGACAGACGUUAUCAAGAAACGCAACCGCGGUUCCGGAUCCGGCGUUAACGUUGGCGGCUCUAGCACUCGUUCGAGGAAGAGUGCCAGCUCGGCUAACCUUUCUGGCGGUAUCACCAAGAAGAGCUCUUCUCUGAACGUUUCAACUCUGGCCAACAACUCUCAAUCCAACCAAGCGAGCACUCCUCCUGCUACUCAAAACAAUGGUAAUGGUAACGACAGCCCAUCUGGUUCCAACAAUGCCUCUGGCAGCACUUCCACUGGCUAUACUGGUGGCAAAGGUGUCGUGCCUAUUGCUGCUGCUCCGCCCAAGAACACCCCCGGGCCCGGAGCCGGUUCUCUGUCGCGCUCUGCAACGGUCUCUGGAUCUUCUUCCAAGCGCCAGCGCCGUCAUAGCAAGAGUAUUCUCACCGGCGAGCAGACUACUUCGGCUGGCGGUUCCGGUAUGGAUAUCGACAGCCCAGAGAACUCGACUGGUUCGAACGAGGCUGCUGGUACUUCGUCCACGAUCCCAGUUUCUCGGCCCUUGGCAUCCAGCACAGCGCUGUCUGGCCUUGGUGGUGUCACGAGCAGCAGCUUCCUCAGCCUUGGCACCAACGCAUUUGGCGCCUCUUUACAACGGCCCAGUGGCGGGUUUGGCUCUGGUAUAUCCGGCUCAGGCGUGAGCAUGGGCAUGAACUUGCAAACAAGGUCCGGCCCGCAAGAGUGGGAGUGGUUGACGAUGAGCUUGUAG